AUGACUUCGACGCAGGAAGGCGAGACGACCGAGGAAGAGAGAUUAAAGGUGGAGGAUCUCCAAGAGAGCAAACUAGAAGAUGACAGCAGAACACAUGAAGUCGGCUUGCGGGAGGACCGACUACAAGAGGACGAUAUCCAGGUAGAUGGCUUGAACGAUGACCGCAUACAAGAAGAGAGACUCCACGACGCACCAGUGGAUGAGCGACCGGAGCACGAGAGGCUGGAGCACGAGAGGCUGGAGCACGAGAGGCUCGAACACGAGAGACUGGAGAGCGAGAGAAUGGACGAGGAGCGCAUCCCGAGUUAUCCGUCUCCUUUACCAGAGGAGCGACUUCAAGAAGCCGAUCGAAUACAAAGCUAUCCUUCGCCAUCGGCCGAAGCUCAAGACGGCGGUCCUUAUUAUCACCCGGCUACAAGGGACGAUGACCCCCAAGACCAGCAACAGCCGCCGCCCACGCCACAGCAGCCCUCGUCUCACUCUGCCAGCGUGGAGGAGUUGCAGUUGGCUGCUCAGCUUGGCCAGGAUCUUGCAGCAGAGCCCAUGAUGCACGUCACAGAUCCAGGCAUGAACGUCGAGGACCCAAGUCUUCGUAGCAUCAUGCCCAAUCCUCAUUCCCAUUCUCAUUCGGAGCAACCUCAACAGCAACAGGCCCAGGCCCCGACCCCAGCCCAGACACAAACGCAGACGCAGACACAGGCGCAGACGCAGGCUCAGACACAGGCUCAACAGCACCAGCACCAGCACCAGCAUGCUCCUCACCAGCAUCCGCAUCAGCACCCUCAUCAGCCCCCUCCCCUCCCGCCUGCCUCUCGUUCUUACGUGCCCGAGGAAGCAUUGCCAGAGUCACUACAGCAACAUAUGUCCAUGUCCAUACCCAUGGACCACCAUCAUCUUGCUCAACCAUAUGCCCUGGGUGACAGCACUCCGCCUAGAAAACGGUCAAAGGUGUCUCGCGCAUGUGAUGAGUGUCGGAGAAAGAAGGUCAAAUGCGACGCUCAGUCAGAUGCUGGAGACAGCCCAUGCUCCAACUGCAAACGGUCUGGCAUCCGCUGCAUGUUCAGCCGUGUUCCUCAGAAGCGCGGUCCAAGCAAGGGAUAUAUAAAAGAACUUGCCGACAGGAUCAACAGCAUUGAGGGCAAGUUGGAGAUCCAAAGCCCUGGUGAGGACACCAGCCGGAAACGACCAUUCUCCAGCAUCUCCAGUACCGACAUCUCUACCCCGGCACCACAGAGACAGGUCGCCUGGGGCACCGAGCCUCGCCCUCUUCAGCCUAUUACAACACCGUCUGAUCGUUAUCAACCGUCCCCUUUCGCCACCAAUGGCUUGGCACCCCAGCCCAUGGCUUUGCCCAUUAAGAAUGACAUGCAGCCACGGCCCCCUAUUGCGUCAAUAGAUGGCCCUGUGGCUGACAUGCCUGAUAUCGAUCAGGCGCGGGAUGUGGAUGAAGAGGUUUUCAAUGGCUACCUGACCAUGAUUCAUCCUUACUUUCCCUUUCUGCCGAGCAGCAGGGUGCUGAUACAAGAAUAUUUGGCUCAGUGCCCCGGCCUUCUGCGGGAAGCGUUUGUAGAGGCUCUCUCGGGAACCAUUCACUCAUUCCCUUCGUUCCAGUCUGGUACCCCUGGAGAUGUCCGGCUCGCCCACACGCUAUUAGUAGAAUGGGAGGCUAGCGAUUCUACCUCUCGGACUGCAGUUGCAAACCUGGUUUUCCUCCAGACACUUCUCCUCAUGAUUAUUGAGGCUGACAUUCGACCAUUGGGCUCCAUCGGCGCACCCAAGGAAUCCCUAUUGGGCAGAGCGGUAGCGAGCGCCAAUACCCUGAAGCUGUACCAGGCCAAGGCAGAUCUUUCCGAGGCUGAAGCAGGCCCAGAUAAUGAAAGCCAGCUUCGUGUCAGGAUUUGGUGGUCGUUGGUCUUGCUCGACCGAUGGAAUGCUGUGGGUGCUGCGGUGCCUUCCUUGAUCCGAGAUGAAAGCGUGGUCCUGGCACCUGGCCUCAAGGCGGUCAUCGGUGAAGUGCCGUAUCUGCUGAUCCGUGCGUCCAAGUUCCUCAGCCGUGCGUCGUCCAUGAUUACCAACUUCCAAGAGCCACUCAACACAACCUUUGCGGACCGCAUGGUGGGCUCCUUUAUGGAUGCGUGGGUAGAAGACUUUCGUGAGGAUCUGCCUGCCCACAUUGGGCCCAACAUUUAUCCUGUUAUUCACCUCGUAUAUUGGCAUUGCCGCUUGUUGGCAUAUCUUCUCAACCCAUCCGCCAAGUCCACCGAUGUCUUGUGGCCCAGUCAAGAGCUGAUCAACCUCCUGAUUGGCCAUUCGCAACUCAUCACGCCCUUGCACCAUCAUUUUACAGUUCUUGCGGUGCUCACAUUAGUCGAGCUGGCAAAGUUGGAUAAGACAAAGGAGGAGGCCACAAGGCUUCUUGGUGAAUUCCGAGACUCUUCACUUCCAGCUUCCGUCUUCGAUGGACUGGUUCGGGACAAGAUUGCUGAUCACCUUCGCCUCUCCACUAAUACUGCCGCAGCUCCAGCUCCAUCUGCUAUGGAGGCAGCUGCAAGCCAGGGGCUGCAGCAUCUAGCCGAUUUAGCAACUCUUUCAUCAGCUGCUGUGGAAAAGACAGAGGAGGCACCAGCCUACCGCACUGCGCUCAGCUACGAAGACAUGGGCUUCGACCCUCGGCCGUUACUGCUUAUCGGUUACCUCAAUGUUGUCCGUGCAACUCAACAAGCAGCUUAG